GUGUAACAAACAGCCGGUAGGAGAGGUCACCACAGUGUCCACCCGCAGGACCUCAGACAGACGGCUGGUCUCCGUCUGACAGGCUGCUUUUAACUUUUAAAACACCAUGAACAGGCCAACCGUGCUGCUGACCUCCUGGUAACAUUCAUGAAAAUGUCAUAUGCGCGUUGCUCUGUGCUAGAAGAUGGCGGAGUCGGAUGGUGGGGAUUUUGCUUCGAAACAUCCACAGAACAGUAUGGCUAAUAAGAAUAGCACCCUGCGCUGUACAUUCUCAGCCCCAAGCCACAGUGCCACCCUCCUCCAGGGUUUGUCGGUCUUGCGAGCUCAGGGUCAACUACUGGAUGUCGUGCUGGCCAUCAAUGAGGAACGAUUCCAGGUCCACAAAGCUGUGCUGGCCGCCUGUAGUGAUUACUUCAGAGCAAUGUUUACCGGAGGCAUGAGGGAGUCAAAUCAAGAUACCAUUGAGAUGAAGGGUUUGUCAGCCCGUGGGCUGAAACAUAUUAUUGACUUUGCCUACAGUGCAGAAGUCACUUUAGACCUUGACUGUAUUCAGGAUGUCCUCGGGGCGGCUGUGUUUCUCCAGAUGGUGCCAGUCGUAGAGCUCUGUGAGGAGUUUCUCAAGUCAGCGAUGAGCGUGGAGACCUGCCUGCACAUCGGCCAGAUGGCCACCACCUUCAGCCUGUCUUCCCUCAAAGAGUCGGUGGAUGCCUUCACCUUCCGUCACUUCCUCCAAAUUGCAGAGGAGGAGGACUUUCUGCACAUUCCCAUGGAACGCCUCGUCUUCUUCCUGCAGAGCAACAAACUGAAGAACUGUAGCGAGAUCGACCUCUUCCACGCCGCCAUCAGGUGGCUCCAGUAUGACGAGUCUCGCCGGGCUCAAGCCAGCAGUGUCCUCUGCCAUGUACGUUUCCCGCUCAUGCGCUCCUCUGAGCUGGUGGACAGUGUUCAGACGGUGGACAUAAUGGUGGAGGACGUGCUGUGCCGCCAGUAUCUCCUCGAGGCCUUCAAUUACCAGAUUCUUCCCUUCCGACAGCAUGAGAUGCAGUCUUCGCGGACGCUCAUACGUUCUGACGUCAUGUCACUCAUCACCUUUGGUGGGACGCCGUACACUGACAACGACCGCACAGUGAGCACCAAGGUGUACCACCUCCCUGACAUCUCAUCCCGUCAGUUCAAAGAGCUGACAGAGAUGGAGGCGGGUUGCAGCCACGCUUGUGUAGCCGUACUUGAUAAUUUUGUGUACGUCGUCGGUGGGCAGCACUUACAGUACCGCAGCGGCGAGGGGGCAGUAGACAGCUGUUACCGCUACGACCCGCAUCUGAACCAGUGGCUGCGCAUCCAACCCCUGCAAGAGGCUCGUAUCCAGUUUCAGCUCAAUGUGCUGCAUGGACAGCUGUACGCCACCGGAGGGCGCAAUCGAUCUGGCAGUCUGUCAUCUGUAGAGUGUUACUGCCCAAAGAAAAACCAGUGGACUUACGUGGAACCAUUAAAACGCCGGAUUUGGGGUCAUGCUGGCACUCCCUGCGGAGAGAAGCUGUAUAUCUCAGGGGGUUAUGGCGUCUCAUUGGAUGACAAGAAAACUCUUCACUGCUACGACCCGGUUUCAGACCAGUGGGACUUCAAAGCUCCCAUGAAUGAACCCAGAGUGUUGCAUGCCAUGAUCAGCACCAGGGAUCGGGUUUAUGCUCUGGGCGGUCGCAUGGACCACGUGGACCGAUGCUUUGAUGUCCUUGCGGUUGAGUAUUACAUUCCAGAGAACGACCAGUGGACCACCGUCAGUCCCAUGAGAGCAGGUCAGUCUGAGGCGGGCUGCUGUUUACUGGACGGGAAGAUCUACAUCAUCGGGGGCUAUAACUGGCACCUGAACAAUGUCACAAGCAUCGUGCAGGUGUACAACACAGACGCAGAUGAGUGGGAGAGGGAUUUGCACUUCCCAGAAUCCUUUGCUGGCAUCGCUUGCACACCAAUUAUAAUUCCACAAAACACCACACAACGCUAACCAUCCGACCUGUGACUGUGAAGAUUUUAUUCCAUGUGCUCUUUCUGACGACAACAGAGUCGACACAAGGUGUGAACGUUAUGUAAGCUACUGUGUGUGUGUGUGUGUGUGUGUGUGUGUGUGUGUGUGUGUGUGUGUGUCUCUCUGUGUGUGUGUGUGUGUGUGUGUGUGUGUCUCUGUGUGUUCAUUGAGGAGAUGCCCUGAAAAGCUAUUAAGACGUAUUAUUUUCUAUCUUUGUUUUGUUUAAUUAAAGCAAAUUUUGAUUUGAAAUUUCUUUUAUGUGAAAACUUAUCAUCUUGAUCUUAAUGUUAAGGCACUUUUAUGAUACUGAUACAAGUUUUUGAAUGGCAGCUUGUCAGUAUUUGACCACAUUUUGAUGAUUGGAGUUUGAGUAAUUUCCUGAAUUCUAUAAUUAAUUGAUUGAUAUAUUAUCUCGAUUCUAUAUUCUCUUCCUGAAUAGAAUUACCUAAAUUAGUAACUUCUUAUUUGAAAAAUAAUCAUAAAUCAGUUAACAGUGUUUUAACAAUCAAGGGCUUAAGUUACAGACAGCACAAAUUGUCUCUGGAAAUCUUUGAAGUUUAAAUUGUGUGUUGCAAAGGUAUUAACAGACUCAACCUUUAUAAUGUUAGACAUUUUGAUUGUACAGUUGGGAAUGUUGUAUUAUUAUUUCUUUGCUUACUUUUUAUCUUGUAAUAUUUAGUUUAUAAUUUUACCAUAAAAGCGACCAAGAUAACUGAAAGUCUUACUGUUGUAUGUCUCCUCAAAUCUAGUAAUCAACAAACCACAUAUCAAUGCACAGUAAUGAUUGCACAAAGAACACGAGUUGUGGUUGUUUUUCAACUUGAAAUCAGCUAUUCCAUGUGGGUGUUAAUGGCUUUGUUGUUGUUUUUUUGCCCUUCUUGUGUUUCCUGAGCUGAAACUCCCACUGACAAACUAAUUGUUGUCUCAGUCAACAUAACAAACCAGUGUGGAUCUCUUAUGGCAGCUACAUAAAUCAUUUAUGUGUGCGUGUCCGUUUUGAAUGUCGAUGUGUGCUGUUCUUUAUGUCAAACAAGUGCUUACCUUGCUAUUUUGUGUACCACACAUGCUUUUGUCCCUUGGCUUACACAAAAAGGGGAUAUAGGUGAUAUUUAUUAAUAUCUAAGCUAUUGCGCCGAACCUCAAAAAAGUCUAAUUUCCCCAGAAAAAGUACUUAAACUGUCCAUUUACCAUGUUUGAUACCGGCUGAUGUUUUUACUUUGACUGCAUUGCUGCACUUUUCAAAGCAGUGUUUAUCAGACAUCUGAUUCUUCUGCUGACGUUAUUGAUGUAUUUAAUGUGUGUAUAAGGAAGAAACAAGCUCAAAGUUCUUGUUUUUUCCUUGUUAAAUGUGACAUCUACGUGAUGGUGUCCAUUUUAAAACGGUCUCCUGUUUGCCUUAGUGUAUUUGUAAUGAUUUACCUGUACCAGUCAAAGCACAUGAUAUCUCGUUAAAGUGCAAUAUAAAGUAGUCAAAGGGGAAUGUAGACAUUUGUGUAGCUCUAUGUGCAUCCUUUUAUUAAAGGUGUAUCAUGUUUUAAAAAAUA